AUGUUAUUGCUCACCGAAACCACACUUUCUCACCUUGAUCUCCUCAAUUGUUUCAGUAUGGAUGUCAGCGCGAUCAAGGACGACUUUUCGGGAAUGGGAAAAACCAAGGACUGGGCUGAGAGACUUGCAGCAAGCAAGUUGCUCAGGCCUCCAAGCCUUCAAGCACAUUCUCAAAUGUCCUCAGCAACUACCUCAACAGCCGUUUCAGCAAUCUCCAGGGUGACCACUACUAGCGCUCAUCCUGCGCCUCCCCCUACUCCAUCAACCAAUGGGCAAGGCAAUCUUCAAGAGCCUACCACAGCCUUUUUGGAUAGCGAUGAUGAUUCACUCGAGCGUGAGGCGGCCUUCAAAGCUACCAAAAAACCUGGUGGCAGAAGCACAACUUCUGCAGAUAUAGUGGAAGUCCGGGAUAGUUCAUUAUCUCCACCUCCUUCCAUGCAGACAUCAAGAGCUACUGCUAGACUUGACAUCAUCCUCAUUUCCAGUUUAUCAAUGGACAUCGAUUUCGGCGACAGCAGCCCCAGUGAGGACAUAAUCCCACCUUCUGCCCCUCCAGCAGCGAAAAAUAACAAGCGCCUCACAACUUCAGGUGUCUCAUCACACCGUGAUGGGAGUGGCACCAAUCACUGGUACCAGAACAACGAUCUUCCCAAGGGAUGCCAAGACGGUAAUGCCUGGUGUCGUGUGUUCAUACCAAGUGUGGCACACUGGGCCAGUGGAGAUGUUGAGCCAUGGGGUCCUGAUGAUAGUGAUUUGAGGGAGACUAUGCAAGAGAUGUGGGACCAUAUAUACUGGGGCCGGAUUCAGCACGAGAUCUCCCGAUCUGGUGCUGUCAUGAAAGUUGCAAAACAACACCUCAUGGAAUGGCGCGGAGGCUUCGGUGUUGCAGCUUGCUCCAUCCUCACUGCGUUUUUUGCACAGGAUGCCGAUUUGUUAGAUCCUGUCACUCACUUGGACUUCUCGAAAGCUAUGCUCAAACAAAACAGAUUUAUUUUCAGGGAUAAUUCAGGUCUCAUUCCCAAGAAUUGGAUGGGCAUGUGGAGAUCUUCUUUCAUACCUCAAACAUUCGCAAAGUCUAGCGCACGGGCUGCCUUUGCCCUCGCUGUCACAGCUAAUCACGCAGGCAAAUGCAAAGGUGCGAAGACAGAUAAUGGUGAUGUUUGGAUGCCCGUCAUUGUGAAGGGCGAGCAGUAUUCUUUUAGUAAACCCAUCUGGGGGGGCAUGACCCUCAAGUUUAUGGGUCCCAUUUCGGCGCUUUCUGAUGACGACUUUGCGACCAUUGUGGAGGAAGCUCAACAGUAUGCCAAGAUUUCAAAAAAUGUUGGGAACUCAAGGACUACUACCAGUGUUGCACCUGACAAGGACGACAUAUUUGCUGACCUUUUUGCUUUCCGCUAA